AUGGCGGCCAAAACACCUCAAGAGAUUCUUGAGGCACUCCUCCAAACAGUCGAGCGCGACAUUGUUCCCUUGACGAGCGAUGGCGUUCGCUCAGGCAGCAAAGUCUUCGGCGCAGCAAUCCUCUCAUCUCAAGACCUCAAACCUCUAACCGUCUCAACGAACAACGAGCGCGCCUCACCUCUUCUUCACGGCGAGAUAAACUGCAUCCAGGCAUUCUACACGCAAACAUAUCCCGAUUCCAAAUCUCGACCGAAUCCCCGCGAAGACUGUGUCUUUUUCGCAACACACGAGCCUUGCAGUCUAUGCUUGAGCGGAAUCACAUGGUCUGGCUUCAAAGAGCUGUAUUAUCUGUUUACAUAUGAGGAUAGCCGUGAUCAGUUCGCUAUUCCGUAUGAUAUUGAGAUUUUGGAAGAGGUUUUUCGGGUGAGGGCUGAGGGGGAGAGUGAUGAGGCUGUUGGGAGGAGGGCGUUGUAUAACAAGAAGAAUAAGUUCUUUACUGCGAAGAGUGUGAAGGAUCUUGUUGAUGAGAUUGAGGAUGGGGAUGAGAGGAAGAGGUGGAGUGAUGAGGUUGAUAGAGUGAAGGCGUUGUAUUCGGCGUUGAGCGAUGAGUAUCAGAAGAAUAAGCAGAGCGGUAUAGAGACUUCGAGUACUUGGAAGUAG